GACGAACAUUAAACUGCGGGCCUCAAGACCCAAUCACGGGCUGAAACCGUCCUCGACUUUGAGGCCUUCCCCUUUUCCUUGCUUUUAACGCAGACCCCUUUCUCUAUCUCUCUCUCUCUGUCUUGUCUUGCUUCACUCUACGAAGUUUUUGUUUUUCAGGCUAUUUAACGGUGCAGGUGCUCCCGGAAAAUGGAGAUAAAACAGCUGUCCUUUGCAGCUGAUAGUCCUCCGCUUUCAGUUCUUGCCUCCUCCAAGGUUGCUGCCGUUGUUCUUCCUACGCCUACUAUCACCUCCGACUCUUCUUCCCCUCCCACUUUUAUCUUCUCUGAUGGGACGAAACUGCAAGGUACCUACGUGCUUCUUCGCUACAUUGGUCGGGUUGCUAGCCUUCCCAACUUCUAUGGACAAGACGCUUUCCAAUCUAGCCAGAUUGAUGAGUGGCUGGAAUAUUCUUCUAUUCUUUCAUCAGGGUCUGAAUUCGAGAAUGCAUGUACUUGUAUUGAUAGUUAUUUGGAGAAGCGUACUUUUCUGGUUGGAUAUUGUUUAUCAAUUGCAGACAUGGCGAUUUGGUCAGGUCUAGCAGCAACUGGGCAGAGAUGGGAUAGUUUGAGGAAGUCAAAGAAAUACCCAAACCUAGUACGUUGGUUCAACUCUAUAUUUACAGAAUAUAGCGAUGGCUUGAAUGAAGUCACAACAACAUAUGUUGGCAAAAGAGGCGUGGGAAAACCUACAACAGUUAAACCGAAAGAGCAACAGGUUGUUAAUGGAGAUAUAUCUGAAAAGGGAAAGGUAGGUAGCAGAACAUCUGAAGUUGAUCUUCCAGAUGCUGAAAUCGGGAAGGUGCGCCUACGAUUUGCUCCAGAGCCCAGUGGUUUUCUUCACAUUGGGCAUGCAAAAGCAGCAUUAUUGAACCAAUAUUUUGCUCAUCGUUACCAAGGUGAGCUGAUUGUUCGCUUUGAUGAUACAAAUCCAGCAAAAGAAAGCAGUGAAUUUGUGGAGAAUCUUCUGAAAGAUAUUGAGACAUUGGGCAUCAAAUUUAAAAAAGUUACUCAUACAUCAGAUUACUUUGAUAAGUUGAUGGAAAAGGCUGAAGAGUUAAUCAGGCAGGGUAAAGCUUAUAUUGAUGACACACCACGUGAGCAAAUGCAGAAAGAAAGAAUGGAUGGAAUUGAAUCAAAAUGUAGGAACAAUAGUGUGGAGGAGAAUCUAAAAUUGUGGAAGGAAAUGAUGAAAGGAUCAGAGAGGGGUUUGCAGUGCUGUCUUCGGGGGAAGUUAGACAUGCAAGACCCAAACAAAUCCCUUCGAGAUCCUGUUUAUUAUCGUUGCAAUCCUGUCCCUCACCAUAGAAUUGGGUCCAAGUACAAUAUAUAUCCAACAUAUGAUUUUGCCUGUCCCUAUGUUGAUGCUAUAGAAGGUAUAUCUCAUGCUCUUCGAUCAAGUGAGUACCAUGAUCGAAAUGCUCAAUAUCACAGGAUCCAAGAGGAUUUGGGAGUUAGAAAGGUUCAUAUUUAUGAAUUUAGCCGGUUGAACAUGGUUUAUACACUUCUUAGUAAGCGUAAUCUUCGCUGGUUUGUGGAAAAUGGAAAGGUUGAUGGAUGGGAUGAUCCUCGGUUUCCAACUGUCCAAGGAAUUGUGCGCAGAGGUUUGAAAGUUGAGGCAUUAGUACAAUUUAUUCUUGAACAGGGGGCAUCAAAAAAUCUCAACCUCAUGGAAUGGGACAAACUUUGGACAAUCAAUAAGAAAAUCAUAGAUCCUGUUUGUCCCAGACAUACAGCAGUUAUUGAAGAAAGGCGUGUCUUGUUGACCUUGACUAAUGGUCCUGAGAAUCCAUUUGUUCGCAUCAUACCAAGACACAAGAAGCAUGAGGGUGCUGGAGAGAAGGCCACAACCUACACAAAGAGGAUAUGGAUCGAAUAUGAUGAUGCAAAAUGCAUCGCAGAAAAUGAGGAAGUAACCUUAAUGGAUUGGGGGAAUGCCAGAGUGAAGGAAAUUGUGAAGGAUGAGAGUGGAAAUGUUACACAGUUGAUUGGAGUUUUGCAUCUUGAAGGAUCUGUCAAGACAACAAAAUUGAAGCUCACUUGGCUGCCUGAGACAACUGAAUUAGUUAACAUCUUGCUGAUGGAGUUUGACUAUCUGAUAACAAAGAAGAAGCUGGAAGAAGGAGAGAAUUUCCUUGAUGUGCUUAACCCAUGUACGAAGAGGGAGACUGCAGCACUAGGGGAUUCUAACAUGCGAAAUUUGAAGCGUGGAGAGAUAUUGCAGUUGGAGAGGAAGGGUUACUUUAGAUGUGAUGUUCCUUUUAUUAGACCUUCAAAGCCUGUAGUUCUGUUUGCAAUUCCAGAUGGCAGGCAGGCUACUUCAUCAAAGUAGACUUUCACAUUUGGCUAGACUAUUUUCAGGUUCUGAGAAGGUGAAGGUGAAGUUGAAGUACAUGUUUUUCUUGAUUAUACGGGGAAGAGUUGCAGUUUUCUACUCACUUCCUCUAGUGUGUGGACAUGCAAAUUUUUAUGAAAAAUUUUGAUAAAUUUCAUACCUUA